CAUGGCUUUGUUUGGCCCAACUCAUAUGACGCCUGUGAUUAUUCUCCCGCUGCUUCACAAAAUUCUAUCACUGUUGGUGCUUCUACUAUUGGAGAUGAACGUGCUUGGUUCUCCAACCAUGGUUCAUGUGUUGAUGUUUUCGCUCCCGGAAAGGAUGUCACUUCUGCUUGGAUUGGCUCACGAACUGCCACCAACACUAUCUCCGGAACUAGCAUGGCUUCUCCUCAUGUUGCUGGCUUAAUUGCAUACCUUUUAUCUCUCCAACCUGAUAAUGAAUCCGAAUUCUUCUCUACACCUAUAACUCCAAAAGAACUCAAAAAUCUGAUCAUUGAGCUCUCUACAAAGAAUGCUCUUGCAAAACUUCCUGCUAAUACCGAUAAUUACUUGAUAUUUAACAACAUUAACUAA